UGACAGUCCUAUCGUCAACUUCCUUUUCCGUCAAAAUAGUCGACAAAGAUGGCUAUCGGCUCCAAGAUUAUUAAGCCCGGCGGCGCGGACCCCGAUGAUUUCGAGAAGUCGAUUGCCCAGGCUCUGGUUGAGCUUGAGGCCAACAGCGACCUGAAGCCCUACCUGCGCGAUUUGCACAUCACCCGUGCGCGCGAGAUUGAGUUUGGCAGCAAGAAGGCCGUCAUCAUCUACGUGCCCAUUCCCCAGCAGAAGGUGUUCCAGAAGAUCCAAAUCAUUCUGGUCCGCGAGUUGGAGAAGAAGUUUUCCGGCAAGCAUGUCGUAGUCAUUGGAGAGCGCAAGAUUCUGCCCAAGCCCACACGCAAGGCACGCAAUCCCCUGAAACAAAAGCGUCCACGCUCUCGUACCCUUACGGCUGUGUACGAUGCCAUUCUGGAGGAUCUGGUCUUCCCUGCCGAGAUCGUUGGAAAGCGCAUCCGCGUCAAGCUGGACGGCUCCCAGCUGGUUAAGGUGCACUUGGACAAGAACCAACAGACCACCAUCGAACACAAAGUUGAUACGUUCACAUCGGUCUACAAGAAGCUGACUGGCCGCGAUGUUACCUUCGAAUUCCCCGACAAUUACCUGAAUGUCUAGAGUGUGUUCGUCGCUGUCGCGCUGUUUCGGUUCAUCAUAAGAAAGUUAUAGAAAUUCUGUCGUACAGAAUAUUAAUUUUUUACAUGAGCUGGAGAACGUAACGUGAAAUAAAAAAUUAAACACCUAAAACUAA